GCUUUUCCGUCAUCAAUCCAGUAUCAAGUGCCUGUUCAAUAGAGGAGUUGUGCGAUUGUGUGCCGGACGACCGUUUACUGAGAGUAUCAGAUUUGCUUUGGUUUGCCAAACAAUUGCCAUUCGCUUCCGAUCAUCCCGCCCGGAUAUGGAUCUGGUGAAACUGUUCAGCGUGCUGCUAAUCUGCGCCUCUUUGAUCUUCGUUUGUGAUGCACAGCUCACUUUCACUCCAUCUUGGGGAAAACGCUCCUCAAACGCCCUGACCAUGAACAUGCCCGGUUCGUUCGGUGUGCAGGACAGCUGUAAAACGCCAGUGGACUCACUAAUGGUGAUUUACCGGAUGAUUCAGACCGAAGCGCAGAAGAUUCUGGAAUGCAAUCAAAAGUAGAAACCGCGAUCAAGAGAUGGACUGCUGUCAUCAAACGGCACCGCUGCCACGAAAGUCAAAAAAGCUACGUUUCGAGCGGAAGCGAUUGUUUCUAUUUU